GCCAGAUCGCCGCUGGUCAGGUGCAUCGUCCAACCGGUCCAACCCAGAGGAGACAAAUGUGUGGCUUGAGAAGACUCCGUCGCACCAAGCCUUGCUGUUGCUACGCAAUUGCCGUGCGAAGCUGAUCCAGAGGUUUGGUGGUAUCGAUCGUGCAUACAUCAGGUCUGUCCCGGCUCUGACCGGCAUGACCGCCGAAGUUUUCCGACAGCUUGUGAACAUGAUGAAUUUCAGUGACGAAGAUGCUCAGAGCAUGUUCAGCCUGCUUCUCCGGAGCAAAACAACGAAAGAGCCGCGGAAUCAAGGAGGAGCGAGAACGCUAAGGCGUUCCGAGAAGGCGAAAGAGGAGACCCCACACUUCGAACGCCCGGAGUUCAACGAGGCACUGCGGCGAAUAAUCUCCAUCCGGACGCUCCAGCAGCUGAGAGCAAGGCUGCGCUUGAAAUAUGGCACUUGCGAGGCGAGUGCCGCUGCUGCCUUCGGGAAGCGGCAUGUGCUGGAUCGGGUGAGUUUCCGUGACUUCUUACUUGAGAACGGUGUGUCUGGCCGGGAGGCACGGAAUCUGUUCUUCAAGAUGGCAAGGAACAACGAAGUAUCCAGCUCAACUCAAGACGGGCAAGAGCCAGACAAUCAAGGCCACAUCGAUCAGGUGACACGGCUUGCCUUCUUCAAAUCGCUGGUCCUCGCCGAAGGCCUGCAAGCUGCGGAAGUCUUCCGUGAGGAGCUCAUGGAGAUGCUGGGUCACGAUGCCAACGGCGCAGCCCUGCCCAGUCUGCCCGCCAAUCCUGUCCUGGGUGUGAGGUUGGAACGAGUUCGGAGAGGGGCGGCGGCACUGACGGAGGACCUCUUGACGAACCUUUUUCAAGGGGUCGACCGAGCCGUGGCAGAGGCUCACGCACCUCAUGCUGCUUAUGCUCAGGCGAAAGCUCCACGUGUCAACGAAGGGCUGCCGGACAACCACAAAUUCAACUUCCAGCUGCCGGACUUGCCGCAGGCCGAACCGUACAGCAAGCCUGGUGGCACUAGCCGGCAUGUGGAUGCCACAGCACUCGGUGGUGUCACAUCUAAUCGUCGGAACAGCUUCGUGGCACGAGUUGCGCCCGCUGCCGUCGCCGUGGCACGCGCGACAGAGUCCAAGUCUUCCAGCGCACAUGGAAGAGGCUCGCUGGCCUUGUCCGGACUGAAUGCUGAUCAUCUGGGCCAAUCUCGCAAUGAGCCGAGUGAAGCUGCCAGUCAAGGCACUUCGAGCUCUGAGUCGGGCUCCGAUGCGGACCUGGCGCCGAGACGGCCCUCCCAGCUCCUUCCACCUGCCAACGGGAGGACGACAAGCAAGGCGAGCCAGGCGAGCCAGGCGAGCAGCCGGUCGAGGAGAAGCAGUUUGGCAACGUCCGAGUCAAGCAGGGAAGAAAUAAAGAGGUUCUCCUUGCUCGAAAAACGUCUACAUGUUGAAACGGAGAUGCAGUUCAAUGCAGCCCUCUUGAAAGUGUUUGACAACAUGGUGCUUGGCCCAGACAUCAACCCUUGGGAACCCAUGACGCGAAACCGCUUUAUGUAUGUCAUGACGCCGAUGAAGAAGCUGAGCGAAGAGAAUCUGAAGGCCCUGUUCCACCUAGAUGGCCAUCGCCAGUCCGAGGGGAAAGCAGUCCCUCAAGAGCUGGCCUUGCGAGCCUUGGCAGGUUUCGGGCAUGGGUGCCGAGAGCUCAAGGUACAUCUUGGCUACAAAGUGGAAGAAGAGUCCAAGCUUCCGAAAGUGAAAGCUGCAGCCAAGCCGAAGGCGCGGGAAGCGGAAGCAACGGGUCUGGUGGUUGCAGGUCCUUCGAACCUUCAAGCCUUAACAGAGGAUGGGAAAGAGCUUCCAGCCCUUGCUAUUGGCGCGCGCCUUGCGGGCAAAGAACUGUUUGCAAAGGCCGUCAGGAAGGUCGGGCUUACCACAAAGCUCAUGCCCAAGAAGGAGGCCGUAGCGUUGCCAGCCUUGACAGUCGUUGGCAAAGAGGGCGCUGAGGAGCGCGAGGCCUCUCCCUUGCAGUGGCGACCGGGACGAAAAGCUUCAAGCGUGCUGAGGCAAUCAUCCAGUCUCGGCGAGCUUGAUGGGAAGUUGAGUGGCAAGGUGGCUUGGACGAGCUAUGCUUCGAGAGAUGAGGCUGACAGGAAAAAGACACCCACACUCCAUGCGCCUGAGCUGAGUGAACCUGACCUUAUCGAGCUGCAAUCGCUUGCGAAGCGCGAGUCGAGCAAACUGGCCCAGAGGCUUUCGCUUUUCGGUGCAGACAAGCAGCAGUACGCUCUGAUAUGGUCAGAGAUACGAUCGGCGUUUGCCACCCUGCUGAAGAAGGGCUCAGCCCUUCGAGCGUUUCAGCAAUUGGGAGGUGAUACCCUCGAGAGAGAUCCCCUGCGGGAUGCACUCGUCCGCACACUGAGUCUUCCAACUAUUGACGCAGAGCGGAUCACGGCUGCCGUGCUGACGAUUGAAUCUGACGAUGCCUUAGGGAGGGACGACUUCGUGAGAGUCUUGAAAUUUCUCCAGCCGGUGCGCUCUGUUUUGGAUUUCCGCACGCGCUUGGUUCAACGAUUUGGUACUGCCGAGGCUGGCUUGGAUGCCUUUGUGGAGCGCCUUGGAAAGGGUACCUCGUGCAAAGAAACGCUGGAAACUGUGGCGCUGGGACUUGGAAUGGGCCGUCAGGAUAUGGAGGCGGUUUUCAAGCAAGCAAGUGUGCUUGGUGGCGGAGGAGGAGUCACAAGCAUUGAGAUUCUGAGAGUAAGCGUACGCCACGCUCACAUUCUCCAACAGCUUCACCUGCUUGAGCAGUAUCUGGGUGGGCCGUCAUCCUGUCAGGCAUGGCUCAACGACCGACAGAAUGCACUGGCCACGGAAGUGGUUGACGUGCUGCAGCCCCUUGGUGUUUCCUCAAACUUCUGCCAGCAGCUUGUUGCCAUGCUUCGCGAUCGCGCCUUGACUUCCGCCAAGGCAGGGGAGUCUGCAGCCGACCUGAUCGAGGUCAUGCAGUGCCUAGCCGGCCUGGCCGAGACGGAAACGGAAAAUACGGAAACAGCACUGGAAGGCACAGGAAGAGAGGAGCUGGACCAAGCGGGCCUGGAAGCAGCCAAGGAGCUUAGAAGGUACAUCAAACAGAAUUUCGACGACUUUCGGCAGGCAUACCAGAUCUUUGAUACCAGGCUCUCGGAUGGAAUUGGUCUAUUGGAGUGGGAGGACCGAAGACAAGACUUCGGCUUUGCCGAUGCGGAGCGCUGGGCUCUGGUUUAUGGCAAGAUGGUCGGGUGGCAUCACCCGCGUUGGGACAACAAGCAGUCUGAAGCUACAAAGGUUACAUUGGAAGCCUUCACGUCGCUACUCACUGAUGCAGCUCCUGUGAACAACCUUUAUUCUUUGCGCGCUCGAUGCCAGAAGGCCUUUGGCUCGCUCUCCAGAGCGUGGAGCGCCAUCGCAGAGGACCAAGAGGAGGUUGCACUUUCGAAGUGGCAGCACAACCUGACACGCUUGAACAUUGGCGGAAACGACAGUCUGCAACUGUUUUGGCUACUAUGUGCAGGGUCUUGCAGAGCUGAGUUGUCCAGCCGAGGCUUCACUGCUCUCGGGCGCGGGGCGUUCCUAAGUGCGACAAGAAGCAAUGCUGUUGAUGCGAGCAACACCAUACUUGAACUUCUCACCGGCAUGUCUGACACUCCGGUGUCCGCAAUGUUUGAGAUUCCAUAUCCUCGGCGACUGCUCUCCCAAGAGGAUUUUACGUCGGCCGUGAUUCCAAUCCUGCUCAAGUGCCGUGAACUGUCAGACAUCCACUAUACGGAAGAUUCCGUUAAGCAGGAAGCCAGGCUAUUCUUCAACUACCUGGAAGCAGACUCGGAGGGCUUUGUGUCGAUCGACGACCUCUUGGACCAAAUGACUGCAAUCCAGGCAGUGUACCUUCCUCUCGAGGCUUGGCAUCUUCGUGCCUACGAGAUGUAG